AUGGAAGGGACAGAUGAAAUUUCCAAGCUGCCAGAGCCAAUUUUGGAUCACAUUCUGUCUUUCCUUGCUAUUAAAGACGCUGCGAAAACUAGUACAUUGUCCAAGUUUUGGAACAGUGUUUGGACUAACCUCUCAUGCUUAGAUUUUGGUGAUAAUUAUUUACAUAAGUCCAAAAAAAUUGUGGAUCAAAUUCUAUCGAAUCGGCUAAACCAGAAGAUCUCUAUUAAAAGGUUCAAGGCAAAUUUACCAAUUUAUCUGUCUAAGGCUGUGGAUGAUUGGAUUAAAGUACUUGUAACCUGUAAUAUCAAAGAGUUGUUUUUAGAUAUUGGUGUAUACGCUUACAACAAGUCUCCUGAAGCAAUCUUUGCUGCCAAAUCUUUAAAUGUGCUUAGCUUACGUGGAUUUAAGCUCGAACGCAUAAAGUUUUAUUUUCUGCGGGAGUUGUACCUCGAGGACUCAUCUUUGGAUGAGCAAUUUUUUCAAGCUCUAUGUGCAAUUUGUAGUGAUUUAGAAGUUUUGUCUCUCAAGAGAUUUAGUGGACUGAUUAGUUUACAAGUUGCUGGAACUUUUCCUAAACUAAGGACAGUAAAGUUGCAAACUUGCCCUCCGAAAUUCAGGAAGGUUGAUAUUGUAGCACCUAAUGUAGAAAACCUUUACAUUAGCUCAUUUGGUCUAGACCUACAUUUAAUUGAGAUAACUGCUUGCAAAUCUUUAACGCGUUUGAAGCUCACUGCUGUGGCUGUCAAUGACAAAUGUUGUCGUGUUAAGGUUCUGAAAGUAUUCGCGUGUUAUCAUUUGAUUGCGGUUGAACUGGAUGAUGCUCCUAACUUGUUAAGAUUCUCCUAUGAUAUUCAUCAUGGAAAGAAGGGACUCGUAGCCUAUUUUGAUCCCUCGCCAAUAUUCAAAUUGAAAGCGUCGCGAUUGCUGGAAGUUGAGAUCAAAUUGAUCCCGGAUCCAGAAGCCCUUGACACUCGUUGGUACUCUAAGCUCACAGAGUCUCUUGGUAACUUUAAUAAUUCAACAGCCACUACACUAAGGUGCGACUAUGACCAGGUGAUAGUUAUACCAAAAGACAUGAGAGAAAACUUGCUUCCUCCGCUUUAUGGUACUAAGCGUAUGCAGAUAAAAAUCAUGGAUCGGACAAAUUACUCUAUUGUGGACGUUGUUGAUAGUUUACUUUGGAUUUUUCCUCAACUGGACACCCUAUCUGUUGAUAAGGGUCAAAGCUUACAGAGCUUGAUCAAGUUUACAUACAGAGAUGCAGCUGACGAUGAAGUUUCAAACAUUGAGCAAAUUAUCAUAGAACUUUCUAAUGUGUGUGAUUGUCCGGGUGCACAGCUGGACCAACUGAUAGAGUAG